AACCGGGUACCAACGAUCAAAACACGCUGCCGCGUAAGUUAGACGUUUUGUUGAAAGGAGAGAGUGAUUUCUCGUGUAUUAUGAUCAAACUUAUUCGCUGUUGUGUUCUUUGAGUGAUUUUUGAGUGAUGUAACUGGCGUUCAACAGAACAUUAUUCGAAAGUAAACUAGUAAACGGUACGUAACUAGCGUCGUUGUUGAGUCAAGAUGAAGUUGGUGAGGUUCUUGAUGAAACUGAGUCAUGAGACGGUAACCAUCGAAUUGAAGAACGGCACACAGGUGCAUGGCACAGUCACAGGGGUUGACGUCAGCAUGAAUACACACCUGAAGUCGGUGAAGAUGACAAUCAAGAACAGGGACCCGGUCCAGCUGGACACGCUCAGCAUACGGGGCAACAACAUCAGGUAUUUCAUCCUCCCAGAGAGCCUGCCACUGGACACACUACUCAUUGACAACACGCCCAAGGCCAAAGCUAAGAAGAAGGAAGCAGCUGUUGGAAGAGGCAGAGGGCGUGGCAGAGGUGGGCGUGGUCGUGCAAGAGGGCGUGGCCGUGGGAGGAGAUGAGCUUGACUGUUUUAUUCUUUUUUUUUUACUUUAACACGUUGUUAUUAGCACAUGUAGACAGCGAGUCACAGAGUUAUGACAAGUUUAGAGAGGUUUUGCUUCCCUGCUCAUUGGUUCUUGUGUUGAUUGUGGCCUGCUUUGCAAAAACCUAUCAUUUUCUGUGCAGUGGCCUGCCCAAAGUUGAGAGGGUAAAAUUUCCUGUGGAAUUUCAUUUGUGUUUAGAAAUGGCGUCUUUGUUACCAAGGUUGCAUGUUUUAUGAAGACAAACGUCUGAGAGAACAUCUUCAACAGAUGGAAUAUUCCAUUCUAAACAGCUUCAACUCGCAGAAUGGAGUAUUUUGGAGUACCAUUGCCACACACUUCACUUUUACUCUUUUUGUUCUACAAUCUGGAUUAUUUUUCAUGUUGGUCAAGUCAGAGUUUUCAUGGUGUUUGUUUUGUGAGUGCCUUCAGGCAAUCCAGUACCUCUACUGUGUCAUGUGGCAAUGGUUACUCUGUUGCCGAUCUAAAACAUAAGUCCCUUUGUGGAAGAUAUAAGUUUUUAGCCAAAAUUUCUGAUUUGUGAGUACUGCCCGGCAAUCAAGUACUUGAUGAUACGACAUUGGUUUCUCUGUUUCUCAUCUACAACAUUAACCAGUUUGUUGAAGAACUGUAUUUCAUUCCACAGUUCUUGUUGUUUUGUGAGGCAAUUAAAGACUUGCGUUACACGACUGUGAUUUUGGUGUCUCUGUUGGUUAUCUAAAAUACAAGCCAGUUUGUGGCAAAACUUAA